AUGAACAGAGUACUACUCUUCAACGUCACCCAAACUUAUGCUAAUUCUGUGAACCAAGAUUUACCAUAACCGGAUGACGCAGUUGAGGCGAUCGAACUUGCUGGAGUAGAUGAACUCGCUUGCCUGGAAGAGGUUGAGCUAACUGCCAUUGAUGAGCUUGCAGAACCAGAUGACGCAGUUGAGGCGAUUGAGCUGGCAGGUGUAGCCGAGCUCGAGACGCUGGAACUGGAUAAUGUAGUUAAGGAAGCAGAACUGGCUAAGGUUGACGAGGGUGCUGAACUGAAAGCUACUGACCUUGUUGGAGUUGUUGGCAUGCUUGAAGUUAUUGGAGUUGAAGAGAUGCUUGUUGUCAGCUCCGUAGUCAUUUCUUGUGUAGUGCCGGUCGUAAUAGCUUCUGAAAGAUAA